AUGGGAGGACGUAAAUACAAUCUCAAUGCUCGGACGAUAGCCACGCCCCUCGCGGCAUUCUGCAUGGCCACUCUCCUCUUCGUAUAUGCGCGCACAUCCAUCACAGCAGCGAAGCGCAAUGCGCAGAUGCACCGUGAGGCGGACGGAGGGCAGAUUAGCUGGCGCAAUGAGUCACUGCGGAGGCAUGGGGCGCUUGCGGCGCCAGAGUCAAAGAGUACUGUGAAGCAGCUGCUUGGGGAGAAGGCGGCGAAGGAGGGGGCCGAGGGGGAGAAGGUUGCGAGGUCUGACGAGGAGGAUAGGGUUAGAGCGGCGGCGAGGAGUAGUAGGGUGAGGAAGGAGUAG